GUUUGGUUGUCAGGGGAAGUAGUGUCCUUGUGGCAGCAUGAUGGAAUGGGAGGCUGACCAGUUGUUCAAUGGGUUAUUAGCUGUUUUAGCCUCAAAACACCGCGGCUGUAAGGUUCGUUACGGACUAACUUUAACAAGAUCAUCUAAGAGAACAUACGUUGAAGUCAACUUUCUUUAGUGUAAGGUUGUCGUUUCUCACUCUCGCCUACUUUAUUCCACAACCAACUUGGAAGACCACCCUUGUUAUUCGAAUUUCAUUCGUUUUUCAAGGAAUUGGCUUCGUAUUCACUCUUUUUACACUGUUAACUGUCUUUUUUUUUUAUUUUAGAUUGGAUAUUUCCCUUUUUCACUCGUUUCAAUUGUUUUCUGUCAAGUGGUAAACAAUAUAUCUCUAACACGUAAAAUAGCACAAACCCGAAGGAAUGUGUAUGUAAAAUAUAUAAUAUUUUCUGAUGAUGAACACGAAUCGAAAAAAAAGUCAAAAAGAUCUGAGAAUUGCUAGAGCUUCAACAGAUGACUACCAAGAUGGUGGUACAUACCUUAACAAUCCUCUUAUCAUAGGUCGUAUUGACGAAACAACACUAUCUGAUGAAUGUAAGCGUAUAAUAUUCAGAGAAAACUUAGGUCCUCUCGAGUUCGAGAAGUUUGUCGACUUUCAAAAUGCUCGAGCAUACACUUCGCAACGCGGAUUGCACGACAGCGAUGCAAGACAACUCUGUUUGGCUGCCAGACUGAUUCAAAAGAUUACACCUGAAUCUGAGAUUAUUCAUGACUUUGCAGGCAAAGCUUCAGGACUUCAUCAGUCUUUAUCGUUUUCUCGAAAUGGUUAUAAUGGCGGCUGGACUUCGAACUCUAGUCGCUCUCUGAUGUUAAAAAGAAGCGAAACUUCUUCGGGCUUUGUCCGUUCAAGAACGUACAAGGUUCCUCCCGUAAAUGAUGACGACCUCUCUAUCCGUUCAGGCAUCUCAGUCAAUUCACGGAAAACCAUCAAUACCGUCCCCAUCAAUGGAGGUCUGUCUUCUAAAGGAUCACACGAAACACUUAGUUACGGUAAGCAAAAGCCAGCUGCAGAAAAAGGGUCUGGUUUUUUCCGGCUUUUCAGGUUUUCAAACUUUAAACGAGACAAGUCUAAGGACAAAGAGAAGUCUUCGUUGGGUAGGAGAGGCAGUAUACGCUCUAUAAAAUUAAAGCCUUCUUCUCUGCGAACUAUUGGAUCCUCGGAUGCAAAUUUAAUGACAGAAAAAAAUAUGUCCAUACCUGAGGAGUGGAUGCCAAGAGUGCACCGAUUGGAAGCUGAUGUCGGCAUUCAUAAAAUUGUUUCGUCCCGUGUUUUGCUCACUGCUGAUGAUGUUCACUUUACGCUCGUUGAUAUCACAGGAAUUCGCGAUUCCUCACUUUUGAGGCAGGAGCUUUUGGCUGCUGUUGGAUUGUCUGAUAUCGCCCAGUAUUCAUUUUACCUUACGGAGAUUGGAGGAGCGCAAUAUAUUGAGGAGUUGGAUGACACAAAGUUAUUGAGUGUGCAAAAACAUGCUGAUGAGAAAGGUUCAUUAAAGUUAUUUAUUAAGCCAACUAAUUCUUCUCAUUUAGCGUUAAGCAUUGACUCGCAUUUCACGGAGGACUUGCAGGCUAAAGCAUCCUUGGGCUUAAAUGAUGGAACUGGCACUGGACUUCGUAACAAUCUCACUUUGCAAAUUCCAAGAGACGGUAUUGACUUUAGGACGCCGUCAACCUCACCGAUUUCAAUAAGUCCACGUCAUCUCGAGCCCGAUAAAGCUUAUUCAAUUCGUGCAAACUCACCUGCUAGCCGAUUUAAGGGUUUUGAAAUUAUUCGUGGAGCCAAGGGCGAGCACGCGGAAGAACUUCUUGAUGGAAGGAAAAACCAAAGUUGCGAAGAUGGCUUUCAAGUGAUUAGGCCUCAUAAAAAAGUCACUGUUCAAGUUGAUGCGGCUGCCAAUGCAUCCUCUGUUCCCUAUAACAUCAUUGCUCAUCGUUUACCACCAAAGCCGCCCGCAAUGACUGAGGAAUAUCGCCAAAAAUUACGGAACUCUAUCCAUCAAAUACGCACGUCUGGAGCAAUCCCCUCUAAACCGCAUUUAAAAACAAAAACAUCAUUUCUUACUAGUGAUGAACUUAGAAGACAAAAAUCUGGAAUUUUUAAAACUCAGACGAUUGAGCUAGAUUCUGAAACGGAACUUGAAUCCGAGACAAACACGGCAAUAAGUGCGAAUUCUGAGAAUGCUGAUUCAUGGUCUUUGUUUAGCAACGCUCCUGCAUAUGAUGAAUCACAGUUAGCAGAUGACGUGUUUUGGUCUGUAAAGCCUGCAGACAUAGAAAAGGAAGAAAAAAAGGCGGAAGUUGAUAAGCGAAUUCCGUCAAAUGGAUCUACUACUUCGAAAGAAAGUAAAAUCUUGCAGCCUUACCCCAAAGCGGCUGAUUUUAAAAUGCGUCGCUUCGCUACUUCUCAUAGUUUCCCGGCACGUUCACGGUCGGAUUCUUAUACACAGAAGCUCAAAAAAGUGAAUAGUUUUGAUCAAGAGUUGAGACCCUCACCGGAUAUUGUUUACGAAAACUUGGAAAAGUUCUUCCCAAAUCAUAAUCUUGAUGAGCUCGUUGUUGCUGAAUCGAAUGAGACAGCUCAACCUUCUAAAGUGAAUCAUCGUAGAGGACACAGAAAGCUGAAGUCCAUUCGUUUGGUUGCUCGUGAAGCUGUAGAAGCAAGACAGCGGCUGAAAGAAGAAUUGGAUGAACAGCAGAGAAACGUUAAUAUUCUUCGACGCAAGAGUACGAAACUGUGGGGUUCUCGAAUUAUUGAAAUGAAACCCAAUGAGGAAGAGCUGGAGUUCAUAAACACAUUGUCUCCCAACCGUAUGGCAAUGCCUUCACCGGGAAUUACAUUCCGCUGGGUAAAGGGUCGAUUGAUUGGAAACGGAACAUACGGAAGGGUAUAUCUUGCAAUGAAUCUGAACACUGGUGAAAUGAUAGCCGUGAAGCAGGUUGAAGUUCCGCAAGCCAUAUCUGGCGUAAGAGAUGAAUGGAAACGAAAUAUUGUCGAAGCAAUUAAUUCUGAAAUCACUAUGAUGUCUGAUCUCGAUCAUCUGAACAUUGUUCAGUACCUGGGUUAUGAGAAAUCGGCUACCGAAAUAUCUAUUUUCUUGGAAUAUGUUCCUGGUGGCUCUGUUGGUCGCUUUUUGCGCAAGCAUGGACCGUUUUCGGAAAGGGUUACACGGUAUAUCAUAAGACAAGUUCUUCAAGGUCUGUCUUAUUUACAUUCUAGAGGCAUAAUUCACAGAGACCUGAAAGCUGAUAACCUUUUACUUGAUUUUGAUGGCACCUGUAAAAUCUCUGACUUUGGAAUCUCAAAAUAUAGCACGAAUAUCUAUGGUAAUGAUGCUAACAUGUCUAUGCAAGGCACAAUCUUCUGGAUGGCGCCUGAAGUAAUUCACAACUCACACCAAGGUUACAGCGCUAAGGUUGAUAUCUGGUCUCUUGGAUGUGUCGUUUUGGAAAUGCUGGCUGGUCGUCGACCUUGGUCGAAUGAGGAAGCCGUACAGGCUAUGUUCAAACUUGGAACAGAAAAACAGGCGCCUCCUAUUCCGGAUGAUGUUAAGCCACAUAUAUCACAGGAAGUUGUUGACUUUUUAAAUGCGUGUUUCACUAUUGAUCCCGAACAGCGACCUACCGUGGAUCAGCUUUUGCAACAUCCAUUUGUGAAGCAGGAACAUGAUGAAAACUUUAAGAGUUCUGAGUUGCUGAAUAUCUUGCUCGUAAAGGAUGAAAAGUUUUAGAUGAAUUAAUCUGUAAUUAGCACAACUAUUACUGAUCUCUAAGAUACUUUCUGAGUGUGCUUCUUGUAGUUUUUGCAAUGAGAGCUGCUUUACACUGUUAUAUACGCUACGCCAGUACAAUCUACAAUGGCAUGCAUAUAUGUAUAGUAUUUAAUUUAUCUUCUUCCUGAACAGUAGCUUAAUUAUGAUUUUCACCUCCUGCCGAACUUUGUCAUUCUUUUUCGAUGUUUUGUGUACGUCCCUACGGCGGUUCGGUCACGUCUGUCUCAAAAGGUUUUUUUCAGGUAACUUUCAUAUUAUUUGGAUUUAUUAACAGAAAUACAGAUAUAAUAAAAUAUUAUUUUCUGUAAAUAAACUAAAAUAAAGGAACGGAAGCUUUAUAGAAAAGCUUAUUCUUUGCAAAAAGAAUCAAAAAUUAAAAAAAAAAGUCGCCAAUAACUUUUCACGAUGGAAAUCAGGUUUCGCUUUCUCCAAGUUAAUCGGAACCUAUAUACUCAACGAACAAAGUGAAUACUGGGUGUUUUUAUUAUAAAUAGCUAAGUGUUCAUUAUACAAUUGCAUUAAAUAGUUCAACUAAAGCUAAAACAGGCUAAGUGGAUAAAACAUGGACAUCAAAAACUGUUUCCAUAACAUAUAGUUUAUACUUCAAAGUGGGGAAAUUUGAAAAUAUGAUGAGAACCAUAUCGUUAUCGAAGGAACCUGACCAUUACUGGUCGUGGUUUCUAAUGUUAAUCUACAGAAUGGAUAUCUGAUUUUCAUUAUUUACUCUUUUCAUAAAACAAGCGCCGUUCAUGAUAAAAUAGCAAGUAUCUACAUGGGUUGUUAGUUGAGAUCAUGAACACUAAUGUUUCUUAAUAAACGUACGCUUCUGCUUGUAGAACCUGUUUUUCGGAAACCUCUGUGAUUGUUGUGUCAUCUAAUUGGAACCACUGGUAGAGAGUAUUAGUACUUGUGAAAAGACACCAAAAAAGCUUCGUGCAUACCUGGUUUUCGUAAAGAAUAUAAACAAUGUAGUGUCCCGUAUCAAGUGUUCCUUUGUGACAAACAACGGAGAACAGUCCAUAGUCAACUUUGCUUCUCUCGCUUGAUGUCUCAAGAGACAGACGAAGAGGAAAAGACACAUAUUUCUCAAUUUUACAAGAAUUCGUGGAACUUUCGUUCCUGAAACGUUUCAGUUGUAUCGAAAGUGUUGGCGACAAUUUGUGAAAUUGUAAUUGUUUUGUAGCGUCAAGUCCAUUACAAGAACUGCACCUGUAAUGAACAGCCUCCGGUGCAACAAAACUAGUGAUCGGUUGUUAGCCAAUGCCUUUAACUUGGCUUUCACAUACCUUUUCAAGCAUCCUUCAAGAGUAGACUCCUUUAUAUCCAAGUUAAUAUCCACCAUCGGAUCCAUGGUUCUCUUUUUCGUUUUGCACUUUAAGCAUGUAACUGUGCUGUACAUCGUACCCCCAAAAACUU